CAUGCGCGGGGCCGGCGGCAGCAAUGGCGGCCAGCGGCAAGUCCUUCUUGGCGGACGCGGGCUAUGGCGAGCAGGAGCUGGACGCCAACUCCGCCCUCAUGGAACUGGACAAAGGCCUCAGGUCCGGCAAGCUCGGGGAGCAGUGCGAAGCCGUCGUUCGUUUUCCGAGGCUCUUCCAGAAAUACCCGUUCCCCAUUCUCAUCAACUCGGCGUUCCUAAAGCUGGCCGAUGUUUUCAGAGUGGGGAACAACUUCCUGAGGCUGUGUGUGCUGAAAGUUACUCAGCAGAGUGAGAAGCACUUGGAGAAGAUCCUGAAUGUGGAUGAAUUUGUCAAGAGAGUUUUCUCAGUGAUCCAUAGCAACGAUCCGGUUGCUCGGGCCAUUACACUCCGGAUGUUGGGCAGCAUGGCAUCUAUCAUUCCAGAAAGGAAGAAUGCCCAUCACAGUAUUCGCCAGAGUUUGGAUUCCCAUGACAAUGUGGAGGUUGAAGCUGCUAUAUUUGCUGCUGCCAACUUUUCUGCACAAUCUAAGGAUUUUGCUGUCGGAAUAUGUAACAAAAUCAGCGAGAUGAUUCAAGGUUUGGCCACACCUGUGGACCUGAAGCUGAAGUUGAUCCCUAUUCUGCAGCACAUGCACCACGAUGCCAGCCUGGCCUCCAGCUCCAGGCAGCUGCUGCAGCAGCUGGUGACAUCCUACCCCUCCACCAAGAUGGUCAUUGUCACCCUGCACACCUUCACUCUGCUUGCUGCUUCUUCUUUGGUUGACAUUCCCAAGCAGAUUCAACUUUUGUUGCAGUACUUGAAAAAUGACCCCAGGAAGGCUGUGAAGAGGCUUGCAAUCCAGGAUCUGAGGUUGUUGGCCAACAAGACACCACAUACAUGGAGCAGAGAAAAUAUUCAGGCACUGUGUGAAUCUGCUCUAAACACUCCUUAUGACAGCUUGAAAAUGGGCAUGUUAUCUGUUCUUUCCACGUUAUCAGGGACCAUUGCCAUUAAACAGUACUUCAGCAGUGCUCCAGGAGCAGCAGCUACAACUGCCAGGUCAUUUGAUUUGGUAAAACUAGCACAGGAAUGCUGUUACCAUAAUAACCGUGGCAUUGCAGCCCAUGGAGUGAGAAUUCUGACCAAUAUUUCAGCCUCUUGCCAGGAGAAAGAUCUUCUGCCUUUGGAGCAAGAUGCAGUUUUUGGCUUAGAAGCUCUACUUGUUCUCUGUAGUCAAGAUGACAGCCCAGGAGCUCAGGCAACCUUAAAGAUCACGCUGACCUGCAUGGUGAAGCUGGUGAAGUGCCGCCCCCACCUGAGCCAGUCCGUGGUGGAAUCCCUGCUGGCACAGCUGCACAGUGCCCAGGACAAUGCCAGGAUCCUCAUGUGCCACUGCCUGGCAGCCAUUGCCAUGCAGCUGCCUGUCCUGGCAGAUGGCAUGCUGGGAGACCUCAUGGACCUCUAUAAAUUGAUUGGACAAUCUGCCACAGAUAAAAAGCAGGAACUCUUGGUUUCUCUUGCCACAGUGAUAUUUGUUUCCAGUCAGAAAGCUUUGUCCACAGAAAUCAAAACUGUUAUCAAACAGCAGCUUGAGAAUGCCUCCAAUGGAUGGACAGCCUACAGGAUAGCCAGGCAAGCUUCCAGAAUGGGCAACCACGACAUGGCCAGAGAGCUGUACCAGAGCCUGCUGACCCAGGUGGCCUCAGAGCACUUCUACUUCUGGCUGAACAGCCUGAAGGAGUUCUCCCAGGCCGAGCAGUGCCUGGCAGGGCUGCAGGAGGAGAGCUCCAGCUCCGCGCUCUCCUGCAUCGCCGAGGCCCUCAAGUCCUACCACAAAGGGAUCGCCUCGCUCACGGCUGCUAGUACACCACUUAAUCCUCUGAGCUUUCAGUGUGGAUUUGUGAAACUCAGGAUUGACCUUCUGCAAGCUUUUUCUCAACUUAUUUGUACCUGCAACAGCCUAAAAACGAGUCCACCCCCAGCUAUUGCCACAACCAUUGCUAUGACAUCAGGAAAUGAUCUCCAGAGGUGUGGCCGCAUCUCCAAUCAGAUGAAACACUCAAUGGAGGAAUUCCGAAACUUGGCUACACGAUAUGGAGAUCUCUAUCAGUCAUCUUUUGAUGCAGAUUCAGCAACUCUAAGGAAUGUCGAACUACAACAGCAGAGCUGCCUGUUGAUUUCACAUGCAAUAGAAGCUCUGAUUCUGGACCCAGAAUCUGCAAGUUUCCAGGAAUAUAGCUCAAAUGGAACAGCUCAUGUUGAAAGUGAAUACGAAAGAAGAAUGAUGUCUGUAUUUAAUCAUGUGCUAGAGGAAGUGGAAUCCCUCAACAGGAAGUAUGCUCCUGUGUCUUACUUGCACACAGCUUGUUUGUGCAAUGCUGUCAUUGCCUUGUUGAAGGUGCCCCUUUCAUUUCAAAGGUACUUUUUCCAAAAGCUGCAGUCUACAAGUAUUAAGCUUGCUCUGUCCCCAUCUCCAAGGAAUCCAGCAGAGCCUAUAGCAGUACAGAACAACCAGCAGCUGGCCCUCAAGGUGGAGGGAGUGGUUCAGCACGGAUCCAAACCAGGCCUUUUCCGUAAAAUCCAGUCUGUCUGUCUCAAUGUCUCUUCAGUGCUGCAGAGCAAAUCUGGACAGGACUAUAAGAUUCCUCUUGACAACAUGACCAAUGAAAUGGAGCAGAGGGUGGAACCGCACAACGACUACUUCAGCACCCAGUUCCUGCUCAACUUUGUCAUCCUUGGCACCCACAACAUCACCGUGGAGUCCUCUGUGAUAGACUCAAACGGCAUUGUCUGGAAAACUGGGCCUAAAACAACGAUUUUUGUCAAGUCUCUGGAGGAUCCCUACUCACAGCAGGUUCGUCUGCAGCAGCAGCAGCAGCAGGGCCCGGCCCCAGCGCAGCAGCAGCAGCAGAGAACGGCGUACUCGCGCUUCUGAGUGCACAGCCUGCUCUGCUGGGGCUGCAGCUCUUCUGGACACUUCUUUUUAAAGGUUUUUUUGAAGAUUUUUUAUUGCAGCCUUCUCCUAGAAAGUCUCAGAUGCCAGUUUGUUGCUUCUUACAUUAUCUGGAGUAAACUCGAACUUGAUUCAGCAGAGGCAGCUGUUCAAAUCUGGAGUUGUGCUCUUACUAUAAGAAUGUCUACCUGAUCUCUAACUUCUGUUUACAAACCUGUUCCAGCAGGCUCCACAAAGUGCAGUAGCAGGGGACACUAAACUUGUUGACUGGUACAUUCCAUUAUGUUUUUUGAAGCACAUAGGUUCUAAUGUCAGGCUUACAGGACAUUGGGAAACACUUCACUUUGGCUGGUUAUACAGAAAUGAGUGUAAUACCAAGUGUGUAUCUUUCAAUGUGAAGCAAUUGGCAGGAAUGUCCAGAGAUUCUUUUUCUGACAUUUUAAUAGCAAGUUCCAGUAUUUGGGUGGUGUAUGUAUGUUAUUAAAAUUCUUCAGCACUAUUUAAUGCAUGCAGCUGGAAGAAAAAAAUUGCAGUUCACUUGUGAUACCCAGUCACUGCAGAGGGAGGAGACUGCUUGAGGGGUUGCUGUCUGCAAGAGGCAGAGUUUUACAGGUGGGAAUAAUCACUGUCUCUCAGAUGAUAUGGAAGGUAUUACCAUGUUGUUUUUAAAUCUUCAUGCAUCUGUAUUUCUGAAACCUUUUCUUUUGUAGGGUUUUUUUAUUUGCUCUUUUUAGAGGGAAAUUAAAAUGAAUGACUGCUUGCAAGUAAACAGCUCUGUUUUUUAAAAGGAAUCCUUUAUACCAAAA